AUGUCAGAAAAAGGCCCUCUACCAGGCAGCGUGCCUCCAGAUCCUCCAACAUACGAAGAUGCCACCGCCACCAAAGCAGUUACAACCACCACACCCACAACCACAGCGCGCCCCAACCAACCCCGACCACCAUUCCCCCUCUCCCUCCCCAUCCUCCAACAACUCCGCACCAAACGCGUAAUCCUCGCCUCCCAAUCCCCCCGCCGAAAACAAAUAAUGUCGUUUUUGGGCUUACCAAACCUCGAAAUAAUCCCCUGUACCGAACCAGAAGACUUCCCCAAAACAAUGGGUCCAAUCGACUACGUCCUUGCGACGGCUACAAAAAAGGCACAAACUAUAUAUCAACAAGAAGUCGACAAUGCGGAAAAGGGUGAACCAGGUCUAAUACUAGCGGCAGACACAAUUGUAGUUGACGGCGUACAUGGAGGCACAAUACUCGAAAAGCCCAGGUCGGAAGCGCAUCAUGUCGCGAUGUUGAAGGGUCUUAGGGAUGCGGGGAGACAUAUGGUGUACACAGCUAUUGUGGCCAUGGUACCACUAGCAAGUGCCCGGAUGCCAGGGUAUGCGAUUGAGUCGCAUGUUGAAGAGACCAGUGUCCAGUUUGAUUCGGAUGUUACAGAUGAUCUGAUUGUGGCGUAUGUCAAGACAAGGGAAGGAGCGGAUAAGGCGGGUGGGUAUGGAUUGCAAGGGUUGGGGUCCAUAUUGGUGAAUAAGAUUGAGGGGAGUUAUGAUAAUGUGAUUGGGUUGCCAUUGAAGGCGACGUUGCAACUUAUUCAGAAGACGGUGAUGAAGGCGGAUGAUGAUGAUUUGUUGCCGGAGGAGGAGUUGGACGAGGAUGAAUUCGACGGUUGA